AAACGCGUCAGGGCGGACGGAAGUGGCUAUGAGGGCGGCGGAAAAUGGCGGCGGCGAAGAGUGUGCCCCGGGAUGCGCAGGUCAUGGCACAGAUUUUAAAGGAUAUGGGUGUCUCAGAAUAUGAACCAAGAGUUAUUAAUCAGAUGUUGGAGUUUACUUACCGAUAUGUUACCACAAUACUGGAGGAUGCAAAAAUAUAUUCAAGCCAUGCUAAAAAAGCAAGUGUUGAUGCAGAUGAUGUCAGAUUGGCUAUUCAGUGCCGAAUGGACCAUUCAUUUACAUCCCCUCCGCCUAGAGAUUUUCUGCUGGAGAUUGCACGUCAGAAGAAUCAGAACCCGUUACCACUGAUUAAACCAUAUGCUGGGCCUAGGCUGCCACCAGACAGAUACUGUCUAACAGCGCCAAAUUACAAGCUGAAGUCGCUACAUAAGAAGGUGACAUCAUCCACUGGAAGAAUAACUGUACCAAGGCUCAGUGUUGGCACAUGUGUUACCAGUCGGCCCAGCACUCCAACGUUGGGUACUCCAUCAUCUCAAACAGUGGCUGUUACUGCGAAAGUUGGAACACCUGUAUCAUUAGCUGGCCAGAGGUUUACAGUGCAAAUCCCUUCCUCACAAACUAAUGUGAAACCAGCUGCAGGAAUCUCCUCAACAACCUCAGUCCAAAAUGUUUUGAUCAAUCCAUCUCUGAUUGGCUCAAAAAAUAUCCUUAUCACGACUAACAUGGUCUCUACCUCAGGAAGUAACAAUGAAGCAAAUCCAUUGAAACGGAAACACGAUGACGAUGAUGAUUAUGAUGCUUCCUAAAAAUGGAUCUGACUAUCAUUUGAAACAUUAUUCUUUUUAGAAUAAAUUCUAUCUAUUGAGACUUUGAUAUGAAUGAUGAACAUCUGCCAAUAUUAGUUUGGCAUUGUUUGCAAGUCAUCCAGAUUGAACAGCUGAGCUGUAAAUCCAGCAUUGUGAGGCAAAUAUGUAAAAGUGCUUAUAGUUUGUCUGGCCACUUGUGAAUUUGGAGCAUGAGGUGUAAGCUCUGUCUUGUGUUUGUAUUAAAUAAAUGUGCCAUUUUAGUUCUUUAAACAAUCAUCUGCUUGGGAUCCCUACAUACCAGGAGCUGUUUCUAAGUUGCUUUUCAAGACAUUUUCUAUACAUUAGUAAUUCCUUUCAAUUUGUAGAAUGCACAGUAUAUGAAGUACUUAUGGACUCUGUGAUUUCUGCAAAUGUUAUAUUUGCAUUCAGUUUCUCUCACCACUGAUUGAUGUACUUAUUUCUGCGUAUGUUUACCAGAACAUUUAGAGAUUGCCAGUGUUGUGUCAAGCUCAGUCCAAAUAACAAACUCAGAAUUAAGUUUGCAUCUUUGUGUUAUUUUGUAGAAUUAUUCAUAAAAAUACCUGUUGUAAUUUUAAGACAUUUUGUAUCAUUGAUCAGGUUUUCCUGAAACAAUUUGUAGUUGUACAUAUUGGAUAAACAGGCUUCUUUGCA